AGUUGAGUGAGACAUUCUAGGUGACGGAGCACUGUGAAGCGAGGCAGAUGAAAGAGGAGCUGAACAGCCCUGGUUCCGAUGGACAAACGCAAAAGGGAAUCCGGCGGCGGCUUAUCCUAGCGGCGUCGGGCUUGGUGAAGGAGCUGAGGCUGAGCUGUUGGUGAAGGAAGCCAAGACAGAGAAAUGGAGAAAGUAAGCAUUCCAUUCACUAAUCAAAAUCAGUUCCCACACCGACCAAGCCAGAGAAGCCAGAGAAGGAAGAAGAGAAACGUUUACACCCAUCUUAAGUCUCUCAUUGGACUACCGAAUCAGCUGAGUGAUGGCUUCUCCUGGACACUUUUGAAGUGCAUCCCACAUGACCAGAACAGUCAUUUGGUCCAGCUGCUUCGUCCUUUUAUUGCAGAAUGCAACUCCAAGUUAGCAGUGGCCCUUACCAUUAUGGAGGAAAGUUUUCUUCCAAUGGUGGAUCCUAAAACGGGCACAGACAUGAUACCUCAAGUUAUCUAUAAUUGGGGAUCACAGCCCGGGCGUCUGAACUACCGCGGAUUUUACACUGUUGUUUUGGAAGACGACGACAUUAUGGUGUCCGUGGCAACAAUUAGGAUCCAUGGGACUAAGGUAGUGGAGUUACCUUCAAUUGCAACUUGCAGCAAAUCCUGCCGCAUGGGAAUGUGCCGCCGGCUUAUGAAUUGCAUAGAGAAGGUAUAUAGAAAAGGAACGGGAAGGGGGAAUCGAGGGGAAUCGGGAAAGAAAGAAGAAAGGGGAAACGGGAAAGAAAGAAAGAAAGGGAAAGAGUAUAAAGAAGGAACGGGAAGGGGGGAAUCGAGGGGAAUCGGGAACAAAAGAAGAAAGGGGAAACGGGAAAGAAAGAAAGAAAGAAAGAAAGAAAGGGAGAGAGUAUAAAGAAGGAAUGGGAGGAAAUAGGAAGCAGGGAGGGGAAGAAAAUUAAGUUAUUUAGUUAAUUAAGUUAUUUAAUUAUGUUGAAAAUAGAAAAUUAAUUAUUUAAUUAAUCAAGUUAUCUGUCAGGCACCCUUUCUAAAUUACAAACUACUCUGUCAAUCAUUUAAAGCUGGUUACCAGUACGAUUCUGAAGUAUGUUAAUUUCGCAUCAUCUACUAUUGAGUUUCUUCUCUCUGGCUGUUUUUAUUGGUCCAUCAGUUUCACUUCCCCCCUUUACCUGUAUGGUGUGUAUACUAUGAAGUAUGUAGAGAUAUAAUAGCCUCAUAGGUAUUAUUUUGAACUGCUGAGUGGAAAACCAUUGCUAGGGUUGCAUUCUGUAGGUGGCUAAGAUGACUAGGUGGUUCUAUGGGGGUAUACUAUGUGUUACAAAUGAGUGGGAAUGGUGCUUACACUGAAGUGCCACAAUUAAAGAAGCCGUUUCCCUAUUUCUAUUAGGAGCAGCGGAGGUGAAGAAAGGGGGAAAGGGAAACGGGGAAAGAGAAGAAGAAGAAGAAGAAGAAGAAAGGGAAACAGGUAUAAGUGAAGGAGUAGAGAGAAGGAACGGGAAAGAAAGAGGAAGCAGAAAGGGAAAAUUAAGACAGAGGAAGAGAAGAGAAAAUUAAGUUGUAUAAUUUAUUUAAUAAAAGAACUGGGUUUCAUUGAAUUCAUAAUAACUUGUACAAGGGUUUUAUCAUUCUCCAAGUUCGUUUCCUGCUUUGAAGAUAGUUCGUGCCUCCAGUUACAUUGAAAUCUAGUCUUGACUUAUGUUUCAUCAUCUGUCAGGCACCCUUAUUAAAUUAGAAAUUGCUAAUCAAAGGAAAUAAGAACACUGGGAAGCUUUUCUUAAUGCCAGCUGGUACCAAGGGCCAACUUUAGGUCUUUAGCAAUUCUAAAGUAUGUUAUUUUCACUUCAUCUACUAUUGAGUUUCUUCUUUUGGUACCAACUACCAAGGUCUAUUGUGAAGAUCCAGGCCUCAGUUACAUUUGAAACUAGAAAUUUAGUCUUCUGUAAACUCAUGUUUUUGUGUUGAGAUAUAUAAUAAUAGCCUCAUAGGUAUCUUGUAUUACUCCUGUUCGCUACUUAUCUCCACAUAUGACUUUUCAUGGUCAUCGUGAAAACGAAAAUGUGUCGAGAUUUAUCCUGCUAGGAAUUUUCUCACAACACCAGUAUCUUCAGUUAAAUACAGUUGAGCUUGACGACCGAUUAGAGGCCACCUGGAUUCCCAUCCAAUCUUAGCCUUUGAGAAACUGCCUGGGAAGUUUCAUUUCCAAUUCAGAAAGCUUGACUUUGCCACAGUCAUGUACGAGUUGUGAGCGGUUAUUUCUACUGGAUAAGGAGUGCUGGCAGCCUCAUGAUGGGUCUCUUGCUCGGGUUUCAAAUAGAGACUGUUCAGGGUUUGUCAGUACGAAAAAAGAAUUGAGAUCUCUGCUUUCCUUGUCACAAACACUUGGUAUUGCAAUAAUAUCUCCCAGGGACUUGCGCAAGGUGAGAAGCACUUUGAGACCAAGCCUGCAAACUCAGAGAAGAAUUCUGCGAGUUCGAAGAGACAUGCACAAGGUGAGAAGCAGUUUGAGAAGAAUUCUGCGAAUGAGGAUCUUCUGCUGGCGACAAAAUCAGCGCAUUCGAGGUCACCUGCGAACUAAGAGUUCUGUUCGAGACAAAGCUGAAGUGGCUUGGGAUGACAUCUGAUUUUCAGUUGGCCGACGGCGUCUAGGAGGGCUCCUCGCUUGGCCUGUAGGUCUCCGGUGACGCGAACGUUCGCACAUCUUGUCCAACCAGAUUCGCAUCUCCUUCGCCCAAUCACUUUUCGGCCAGCUUCUCCACUUUUCUGCCGUCAACCUUUUGCGCUAGCUUCUCCCCUUUUCCGCGCUAAGCAUCAUGGUCGGAUCUUCCAAGCUCCCUGCGCAGUUCCUCUCCGCCUUGCGUAGACACACGCUUCUCAGUGUUUGCGCGCAAACCAGAGGCAGCUGAUCUCAAUGUUCCCUAUGCUGCUCCAUUUAUUUAUCGUGUGACUUAGAUCGAAGCUUCCGAGGGACAACGGCUCUGAUACCAAUGUUAGGGACCUCAACAUUAGGGACCUCAACAAUGCAGCAGAAUUUUAGUAUUAUAUUGAUUAAAAAACUAAGAAGACAGUAGCGAUUGCAAUGGUAGAAACGAGAGAUCAACGUAAACUGAAAAUAACAUGGUUGAGACUUGAGACUCUUCAAGAGGCCUCACUCUCCCAGCCUAAUUCCAACUGAAAUUCUGCCUACCUUCUUCCUCCCUCCUUCCCCCUUUUAUAUCAUUUCUCUUCUUAAGGGCUGGCCCAUAUUUCAUGAAUUACAUGGCCCAAAACAUUAAUUUAUACAAUUUACACUCUAUUAAUAAUACUCUAUUAUUCUUAUUGUUAUUGGCUGUCCAUGUCCCUAUCAAAUAAUGAUCAAACUCCACUUACUAAUAAAAACUUUGGAAUAUUAAUUAUUACCAAAGUCACUAUAACUCACUAUGGGUCAUCCGGAAACAGUCUCUCUGUGCUUUAGUACAGGGGUAAGGCUGCGUACAUCCGACCCCCCCUUACCCCACCGUAGGUGGGAGCCUUUGCGGCACUGGGGUAAAUGAAAAUGAAAAUGAAAAUGACCAAAGUCACUAUAACUACUUUGUUAUUGCUACUACUGCAGUCAGAGGAUUUGGUGCUAUCCGGAGUUGUUGAUGUUAAUGAGUGUUAUUACUCUUGACGAUGUACACUUGUACUUCGUCAAGUGGUACUGUUUUGACCUUGUAAUAAAUAUGACAUAAAGAAUAUAAAACCAACGUGAUACCCUAUUUUUACUUGAUUUGGGAACAUAUACUAUUAUCAUGAAAUUCAUACUUAACUCCGCGGUCAUCCACCACAUAACUCACAAUAAUUGUUAUUUGCUCUUUGACUGAAUUACUACUUUAUCUAAUAGUCUCCUCUUAUCUUUUUUGCCAUAAGUACUAAUACUAAAUUUGGGAUUGGAAGCAGGGGCAUUUGCUCCCCCAGCACCCAGGUCCUCUAUGCCCUAGCGGGAGUUGUGAGCGGACGAGGAAGACGGGAGAAAGACACUCUCUAAAAUCCCCUACUGGCUUCAAAGAACAAGACACUAUCCGGUUUUAAUAAGAUAUGCAUUGUCAUUGUCAUGAGUGAUUCUCAACAUUGCCUAGAGGUCUUCAUCAUCAAAAACUCUUCUUCUUUUCUCUCAUCAGAAUCCAUCCGAUUUGAAAAGCACGAAAGCAACUUCUCUUCAUUCCGGAUUUAAAAUUCAGGUUUUCAUUCCCGAUAUAGUUUUCUUUGAAUUUAUUAAUCUUGAAUUUAGCAGAUCCAAAGUUUCAAACAGUCUUAGUCAAUAACUUUUUAAACUGCUUUAUGUUAACGUUCUUGCUGAGUAAUUCCUCAGGGACUAAGAAGAAGAGUUCAUGUUCUUUGCUCUUCUGCAUUUCUUCUUGCUGUUGUCUCAAUGAAAAAAUAGAGAAGUGGUUCUUUGCUGCAUAUAGGAAAGUGACUUAAUGUUCCUCUUCUUGGGAGUAUGCCAUGGGAUAACCUCUGCUUCAAGUAGACCUGGCCCUUGCAUCUCAUUUUAAGUAUUUGAUCAUCAUCGACUCUUUAGUUGUUUAAUUUAAUGGGCAAUGGAGAAGUCUGUGUCCUAAGUGCGAUUAAACAUUUCCUUUGUAUUGUGAUCUGUGAAAACCCCAGAUGAAUUGCUUUCUCCCAAAAAAAAUCAAAUCUUUAAUUUAAAUCUGCAGUACCUUAAAUUUAUUUGUCAUAGUUGUAGCUUUACAGGUUUUGUUCAGAUUUGCUUCUUUUGUGUGAUCUACAUUCCCUAUUUUCUUAUCUUCUCUCAUUUUAGAAAAUUUAGGUUUGUUAAUUGGCUGAAAUUGGUUCUCACUUUUUUCUGUUUUUUUUUUUAAAUCUAACCAAUAUAAAGAAGAAUAGCAGAGUUUAUGUUUUAUGUUCACUAGCAGACUAAACAAACUCAAGUUUGAUCAAGUCUUAAAAUAGCAUUGCCAAAGAGAAUAUUAAUUGCCUAAGGUAUUGAAAGCUCAAUAAUCACUUUUUAGUUCCAAAUAAUCCAUGCUCAUGAACUGAUGUAAAUGUUAUGGAAAAUCAUUAUAAACAGGGAAAAGAUUUUCAGAAAUGAACAAUUUGAUAUUUAGAACUGUGUUGUAUAGAAUAUUAUUUGAAACUAAGUGGUAUGCUUUAAUAACCAAAAUCAACAAAACCACCAUUUCAAACAGCUUAAAGUGUAAAACUUUUAAAUAAACUUUCAUGUGAAAGAAACAACAAAGAUAAGUGCACAUUGAUAAACCACAACAUCCUUCACUCCAAGAUAAACAACAAAGAUAAGUGCACAUGUGAUAAACUUUUAGUUCCAUUUCUUAUUUAGUUGUUUAUGUUCACUUAUCAAGGAAUGCAAUUUUAAUGAUUUACAAUUUAAUACUGAAAUAUCACUCAUUUAGAUUCUUUAAAUUCUCCAACAAUGUGUAGUUGCUGCUCUAAGUCGUUCAAAUAUGGAAUAAUGUGCAGUUGUUGCUCUAAUUGAAUAGCUGGAACACUAAUUGGAUGUCGUGGACAUAUGUGAAGGGCUAAUCGAGGUAUACAAGCGACGACAAAUCACAUAGCUGUCUGGAAUGAUCCAGCGCGAAGAUGGCUAAAGUUAUGGGCUGAACAUGAUGCAGUUGUUGGAUCGGACAACAAUCCCUAAGUACAUGCUAGAAUAUGGUUGAAAUUGCUUUUGCAUAAUAACCAUUAUUUAGUACAUAGUAUUAUUUAUGUGGUGAAUGUACUACAAUUGCACCGCGAAAUUGUAGACUUAUGUCAGGGCACACAUAUCAUACGGCUCAUAUUUUGUCGUCUUAUCGAUCUUAAAUGACUUCUACAUAGAGUGUACCUUUAGUUAUAAUUUUGAGAACAAUGUUUACCAAUACAAUCAGUUUUCUUGCCUUUUUCUCACCAAAAAGUGAGAUUUAUUUUUAGAAUACAAAUGGGUGAUGCUGCAACUUAAGAUGUCAGUGGCCG